GAUAUGAGCUACGCCAAGGAUUCCAAUCGUAUAAUAGGCUUCACCCCCGUGGAUCUACAUUGACAUACGAGAAUAGAUAUGAUUUACCUUAUUCACACUCACACUGUUGCGGGUUGAGCUGGAAUUUAAUACACUAUUUUCCGUGGAUGGUAAUGCGGUAACGUCUCAUGAACUUACCUAUGGAUUUCCAAUGUUCCAGUGAUUGGACUCAAACCUGGGAAAGGUAAAGGGACAGGCGAGUGUUGAAGGUGCCCAGCCCAGGUGUGUGAGUUCAGCCAGCAUUGAACAUGGGACCGUAUCUCGGUUUGGGGUAUACAGUGCCGGAGGAAUAGUCUUGAAGGAAAACUGACUUCAGGCUGAAGCUGGAAACUGAGGAACAGCGCGCGGCAGCAAAAUGCGUUCCAGCCACGGCUUUAUCUUACUUCUCCUGAACGGAACCACGUGUUUGCUGACCCUGGGUCAAGAAGACGACUCUCCUCGACCCAAGAGCUCCCCAGCCGACGAGUCGUCCUCUAAGACGGUGGGUCUCAUCGGGGGUCAGACCCCCCUCUCCCCACUCAGUCGCUGGAUGCUCCAAAGUAAGAGCCGGGCCGCCAACGCCACCUCCCUGGAGCUGCCCUACCGCUCCCCUGUUCCAUUCUCCAAGCAGGAGUUCUGGGAGAUGCUGGGCAGCGACCUGAUGAAACCGGACACGUCCUCGUCCUCCCGCGUCAAACGCCGGCCCAUCGUCAAGACGGGCAAGUUCAAGAAGAUGUUCGGCUGGGGAGACUUCUACUCCAACAUCAAGACGGUGCGCCUCAACCUGCUGAUCACCGGGAAGAUCGUGGACCACGGCAACGGGACGUUCAGCGUCUACUUCCGCCACAACUCCACGGGCCAGGGCAACAUCUCCGUCAGCCUGGUGCCGCCCGUCAAGGCGGUGGAGUUCGACUUGGAGCGCCAGAGCGUGGUCUACCCCAAGGACUCCAAGAUCUUCAACUGCCGCGUGGACUACGAGAAGGUGGACCGCAGCAAGCGAACGUCGUUGUGCAACUACGACCCGUCCAAGACCUGCUUCCAGGAGCAGACCCAAAGCCACGUCUCCUGGAUCUGCUCCAAGCCCUUCAAGGUCAUCUGCAUCUACAUCUCCUUCUACAGCACGGACUACCGCCUGGUCCAGAAGGUCUGCCCGGACUACAACUACCACAAUGAGAUGCCCUACCUGCCGUCAGGCUAAAGGAGGACGCGCGGGGAGGACGGGGACAAGGGGGGAGCGGGAGGAGGGAUGAGGGAAGGUGUGACUCUGUAGGUUGAGUGGCUGGCCAGGCUCGGGAAAUAUUGUUGGUCAUGAGAGACCUUUGCUGCAACACCUGACCAGACAAGCCCCUUGAUGUAGCCGGACUACUGGACCCUGUAAUAUCUAUUACAGGGUCCAGUAUAUAUAUAUAUAUUCUGCAUAUAUAUGCAAAACAUACGGUAUGCACAUAGUGAGGGAUUCAGUGUGCUGUCAUGAAGCACUAAUCAAAUGGAACUGUAGGAACUAGCCCGAGCUGCCAUCAUCGUUAUGCACAUCGUUACCUCGACCCAUUUCGCUAUGUAGUUGUCCUCGUCGGGGAAACACAAACAUCUAGCCCUGUAAUUCAGGCAAGGUGACAGGAUACUUUCAAAACAGGGCAUCCUCCACCAUUUCUUUGCUGUGUGUACCCUUCCUUAAGUCCUUCUGUGUACCGUCCCCCCACCCCACCCGUAUGACAUCCUAAUAGACCCCACCCAACCCCACCACAUGUCUUAUUGCAGUGAUUAUUUAAAGGUCUGACAUUCUAUCAAAUAUCAUCUCUCUCUUACCUGAAUGAUGUCACCUCAAUGACAGAGAACGAGAUCGAGAGAGAGGCAAAGAGAGAGAUAGGGAGAGCACAAAGAGAGAAGGCUGGUAAGCAAUCUCCAGACCGAGAUAUGGGAGAGGGUUUAACACAAGUUCAAUGUGAGAGAAAUAACUAGAUUCUGCAUGGAGAUAGGCACUGGCCCUCCACACGAGAGAGGGUGCAGUGAGAGAGAGCGACAGAGAGAUUGGAAAACAGGGAGAGAGAGCCUAAGCAUGAACAAGGGAGAGGAAGAGGGAGAAGCGAGAGAUUCAGGGAGCACUUCUAAUUAAAGUGGAGGGGAGAGAAGGAGAUGUAGAAUAUGCUGCUCCUUCUAUUGUCCCCUCUGCAUGAAAAAGAUUACAUUUUGUUGCCGUCAGGAUUCCUGAUUUCACGCUUUGAUAACUUUGUGUGUGGGAGAUUACUCUCUCCUGACAAACGCUGUGCGUUCACUAAAGUCUGCCCGUUAUCUGGAAUAAAUGAAAAUAUUAUCAUAAUAAUUACAUAAAAUGUAAUCUCUUUUAGAACUAAUUAAGGCUUCAACAAGAGAGGGCGAAAUGUAUUCCUGGAAAUCAAGUUAGGGUUAUUAGGAGGCGAGCAAGGAGCACAGUGAGGAGCAGUAGAUGGUUCUAUUAUGGUUCCCCAGUGCUUGCUUAGCCCUCAGAUAACGUCUCCCAUCGAGAUGAAAAGCCACUGGCUGGCUGAGCCCAGGCUAAUUUCACAAACAACAGGGCCACCAAAAUAUAUAUUUAUUGUAUAUCUAAAUUUAGAGCCGACUGAUUCUAUACUGACGAUAUGUGCUGUAUGUAAAUAUAUCCAUAAAAUAGGGUUGUAUAACAAUUUACUGUGUCCUACACAUGUAUAGUAUAUGGUGUAGGAUGUAGGUUUGAGUAAUAACACUUAACAAAUCAUUGAAUUACAAUUAUUACAAGUCACUAUCACUAGCUCAAAUAACUUGAUAUUGUUAAAAACAGCUGAUUGCAUUUGGGAUUACUAAAUUGUAUAACUUUGUGAGCAAAUUAUAGUAAUUAUAUAACUUCAUCAUCAAGACAUCUCACAUGCUCUCAGAAAUCAGAUUUUCCUGAUGAUCGCUAAUUUACCGAUUAGGAUUACAUCAUUGCAUUCAAACUGGUUUAACAAAUAUGUGCGUUUGAAUAGCAUUUCCCCCUACUCCCACUGGUCAAUCAGACAGUCAUCUGGACUCUUCCUUGCAGCAGUAUACUUCUCUUUGUCUGUUCUGAGUACAGGGAAAGAGGAAACCUUUAUUAUUAGGCAACAUGCAAUAAUUAGUAAUGUAAAAAUGUGUGUGUAUUUAUUGCUGCAAUCAGUAAGCCAUUACAUUUUUUCAAGUAAUCAGCCCAACCAUGUCUUAUUUACUAGCAGAUAGAGACCCUGAACUGAAUGGAAGUAAUGUAACUCUAUAACCUUUGUCACCGCUGUAGCUUCAUUGGAGGUCUGAGAGAGCUAAGUCCAUAGAAUUAAGAUCUGAGACAGCUGUGUCCAUACUGUAGCAUUAAGGUCUGAGAGAGCUGUGUCCAUAGCAUUAAGUUCUGAGAGAGCUGUGUCCAUAGCAUUAAGGUAUGAGAGAGCUGUGUCUGUAGCAUUAAGGUAUGAGAGAGCUGUGUCUGUAGCAUUAAGGUAUGAGCGAGCUGUGUCUGUAGCAUUAAGGUAUGAGACGAGCUGUGUCCAUAGCAUUAAGGUCUGAGAGAGCUCUGUCCAUAGCAUUUAGGUCUGAGAGAGCUGUGUCUGUAGCAUUUAGGUAUGAGCGAGCUGUGUCCAUAGCAUUAAGGUCUGAGAGAGCUGUGUCUGUAGCAUUAAGGUAUGAGAGAGCUGUCUGUAGCAUUAAGGUAUGAGAGAGCUGUGUCCAUAGCAUUAAGGACUAGAUCAGGAACCACAUGGAACAGUCCUCCUUUUUUUUGGGGUGGGGGGGGUUUGGCUUGUUUCAGGCAGCAAGGACUGUUUGACUGGUUCAUUUUGGAGUAAAGCUGGGCAAUGUGGAUGUAAUCACAGUAAGUGGUCUGAAUUGAUGUAAAAAAAUAUAUAUAUAUACAAAAUUAUAGGUUUAUAACAAUGUGCUCUACAAUUUUAUUUUUCUACUGUAGUAUACAUUUCAUAAUUAAGGAUAUCAGCAAAAUGCCAGGAAAAGUGUCUGUUGUCAAUAUUGUUCAGUGUAUUGCCUUGGCUCUAGUCUGAGAGAGAGAGACGGAGUGAGAAGAGAGAGAGAGUAGACAGAGAGAUAGAGAAAGAGCGAGAGAGAGAGAGAGAGAGAGAAAACAGUCUCAAUUACAGGGCUAUAUAUAGAGAGCAGCCUGUAGAUGUGAACAUCAAAGCGUCUGGAUGUUUCAUUUAGUGUUAAAGAGGGGGUAGCUCCUACCUUUAUGAGGCCAUAACCAACAACAUCUCUGUUAGGCUGCUACGUCUCUUGACUGCCUCUGUGCUACUGAACAGCCCUACAGGGGCCAGUAGGGGACAUUAUCCACUAAAAUCACUAAUACUAAGGUCAGUACCACACUUAGCCAUUGAGAACCGAAACCAAAUUAAAAGAAUAAAAUGAGUUUUGGACUGUGGUUGUGUAUGGAGUUUAUACAUGUUAAAAGUCUCUGAAAAUGGGGGUAGGGAUGUGUCAACCUACUGAUGAAAAGGAAUUUGAAAUUAGUGCUACAGACAAAAAUGAAUGUAUCACUGUGGCCGCGGCCUCAAUUAUCUUUUAACAUUUUACUGUUUCAUCCACAUUCAGAAUACUCUUCUGACUAGAUUAUUAAACCCCAUUACAGCACACUUCAGACCAGAUUAUUAAACCACAUUACAGCACACUUCAAACUUGAUUAUUAAACCCUAUUACAGCACACUUCAAACUUGAUUAUUAAACCCCAUUACAGCACAUUUCAGACCAGAUUAUUAAAUCCCAGUGUAGCACAUUUCAGACUAGAUUAUUAAAUCCCAGUGUAGCACAUUUCAGACCAGAUUAUUAUUUUUCCUUCUGAGCACGUUUUACUGGAUUUGAUGAUAUCCUGAUUAACUGUAAAGGUGAAUUUGCUGGUGUGGUUCUCCCUUGAUUAACUGGAUAAGGAGAUAUGCCGUGCUUUUGCUGGUGUGGUCAUCUCUUGAUUAACUGGACACGGAGAUAUGCAGUGGUUUGGCUGGUGUGGUUAUCCCUUGAUUAACUGGAUAAGGAGCGAUUUGGCUGGUGUGGUUAUCCCUUGAUUAACUGGAUAAGGAGCGAUUUGGCUGGUGUGGUUAUCCCUUGAUUAACUGGAUAAGGAGCGAUUUGGCUGGUGUGGUUAUCCCUUGAUUAACUGGAUAAGGAGUGAUUUGGCUGAUGUGGUUAUCCCUUGAUUAACUGGAUAAGGAGUGAUUUGGCUGAUGUGGUUAUCCCUUGAUUAACUGGAUAAGGAGCGAUUUGGCUGGUGUGGUUAUCCCUUGAUUAAAUGGAUAAGGAGCGAUUUGGCUGGUGUGGUUAUCCCUUGAUUAACUGGAUAAGGAGUGAUUUGGCUGGUGUGGUAAUCCCUUCAGAUGACAUUUCUGUCUGGUUCAUCAUGAAGGCCAUUGUCAGUCAUAUAUGGAUUCAUGCUGGGCCAGUCACAGAUUAUAUUUUCCUAGUCCAGGAUUAGGCCUAAUCUGUCACCGGGAAACAGGUCUUCUGAGUUUACAUGCUCAAUAAUAAUCUGGUUUUAAUUUGCUCUGAAUAUCCUGAACUAAACAUCAAUUUUGGAACAGAAGUGAGGCCAGUGUGUGACAUGGGCUAGGUCUGUCCUGAGAGAACCAUCUGUAACCAAAUAAGAAAUCAAAGAAAUCAAGUGAUAACCAAAAUGAUAAAUGAUGUAUCAUAUUUGAUGUAUUGUGAUAUAUUGUUCUCUAUGAAUGCGUUGUUUGUGCUUCCUAACUGCUGGAAAAAUGUGUUUCUCACACAACCAUUAAUGGGAUAUAAAUGUAC